AUGGGUAUGUGUAAGGAGGGGAAGGUUUUGAGUGCAGUUCAGUUGCUUGAUAAAAUGACUGAAGAGAAAGUUGAAGUAAAGGUGCUCACAUAUGGGAUUCUUAUAAAUGGCCUCUGUGAAAUUCGAGAGACUGGUCUUGCUAUUGAAUUGCAUAGGAAGAUGGUGCAAAGAACUUGUGAAUCUAAUGUCCUCACUUAUAGCAUGAUCAUUGAUUCUCUUGGUAAAGAUGGGUUGAUGAAUGAGGCACUUGAUUUUUUCUCCGACAUGAUUCAUGAAGGUGUUACCCCGGAUGUCAUUGUUUACAGUUGUUUAAUUCACGGUUUGUGUAAUUCCGGCCGGUUGAAAGAAGCUGUGAGGCUUUUUGAUGAAAUGGUUGGCCAAGGGAUUUCGGCCAAUGUAGUUACAUAUAAUUCUUUGAUUUAUGGUUUUUGUCAGCUGGAUUUGUGGAAGGAAGCUACAAGAAUUUUUGAUAAAAUGGUUGGACAAGGGAUUUCACCAGAUGUUAUAACAUUUAUGAUAUUAAUAGAUUGUCUCUGUAAAAGGGGGAUGGUGGGAGAAGCUAGGAUGGUGUUUGACAUGAUGAUUCGGAUAGGCAAGAAGCCUAAUGAAUUUACGUAUAAUUUGCUGAUUUAUGGAUUAUGUUUGACAGGGAGCUUGGAUGGUGCAGCAGAGCUGUUUAAGUCAAUGGAACACAGAGGUCUUGAACAGGAUGUUACUGGCUACAGUACAUUGAUUAAUGGGUAUUGUAAAGGUCGGGCAAUUGAUGAAGCUAUGUGCCUCUUUCAGGAAAUGCAUGAAAAGGGGCUGAAGCCCACCACUGUAACUUACAACACACUAAUAGGAGAACUCUGCCAGGCAGGUAGAGUUAAAACCGCAAAGGGCCUAUUCAAUGAGAUGCAAACUUGUGGGUUAUCUCCAGAUUUGCAUUCAUAUUCUAUACUGUUAAAUGGGCUCUGCAAAAAUGGACAGCUCGAAGAGGCAAUGGAUGUAUUUAGGUCUAUUAAGAGUGCUGGGCUUGAAGCUAAUAUUGAAGUUUUCAGCACACUCAUUGAUGGGAUGUGCAGAGUUGGUAAAAUAGCAGCAGCGAAGGAUCAGUUUGAUGAAAUCUUGAAGAAAGGUAUGGUGCCUGAUGUUGUAACAUAUAACAUAAUGAUCAAUGGCCUCUGCAGGAAUGAGAUGUUGCCGGAGGCCAGUAAAUUGCUCUUGCGGAUGGAAGAGGAGGGUUGCUUCCCAGAUGCCAUUUCAUUUAACAUCAUCAUUUGNGAAUAA